UAUAAAAAUUCAACAAAUAUAAGGUAUUAUUAAAAAAUAAAUGUAAAUUAAUUGUAAAUAAAAGUGUUCUUAUAAAAAUAAAAAAAUAAUUAUUUAAAAUUAUAUUAUAAUUAAAAGUUGGUACAUAUAUACAUACAUAUAUAAGAGAAAAAAGUUUAUUUUUAAAUAAUAUCGAAAAUAAAGCUAGGUGCAUAACCCUUUAACAACGAAACCUUAUGUGGCGGUGAAAGGCAGAGUUGCGGUUUUUUACAUAAUUAUUGAAGAUUCGUUUUAUAUAUUAUUUUAAAAAAUUUUGAGUAAAACGAUUUUCACACUGAUUUUUAAGAAGAAAAACUUAGCUUAUAGGCGUCGCGCUGAUCGGCCCCGACAUAAGGGGCCAUGACGCGUUGGCCCUUUGAACUGCUCCUACUGCUCUCGGUGGCAGCAGCUAUUGCCCCGGGUGCAAUUUCACACUAUAAUAAUAAUUAUUAUGACAAUAGAACUGCAUUAACUGUGGGAUAUUUAACUGCAAUGAAGGGUGAAAUGAGAGAUAAACAAGGAUUGGCUAUUUCUGGGGCCUUAACAAUGGCUCUCGAAGAGGUCAAUAACGAUACAAACUUAUUGCCAAAUGUCCGACUUGAUUUAAGAUGGAAUGAUACUCGUGGUGAUACGGUUAUUGCAACAAGAGCAAUAACUGAAAUGAUAUGUGAUGGAAUUGCAACAUUCUUUGGACCAGAAGGACCUUGCAACGUUGAAGCGAUUGUUUCACAAAGUAGAAACAUACCAAUGAUAUCGUAUAAAUGUUCGGAUUAUCAAGCAUCAGUUAUACCAACAUUUGCAAGAACAGAACCGCCAGAUACGCAGGUAACAAAAUCUGUGAUAUCGCUCUUACGUUACUAUGGUUGGAAAAAAUUCUCUAUAAUAUACGAGGACACAUGGCAGACUGUAGCACAAUCAUUAUCAAAACAAGCUUCAACAAAAAAUAUGACUAUCAACCACAAUGAAAUGGUUAUGGAUAACUAUAAGUGCUGCGAAAAUAAUUUUGCAUGUUGUCGGAGCGGCUAUUGGUACCAAGUUAUACAGAGUACAAGAAACCGUACAAGAAUAUAUGUAUUUCUUGGAACACCAUCCGCUCUCGUUGAAAUGAUGAACACUAUGGAGACCUUACAACUCUUUUCGAAGGGAGAGUAUAUGGUUAUAUUUGUAGAUAUGAUGACUUAUUCACCAAAAGAAGCGGAAAAAUAUUUGUAUCGGCCGGAAACAUUGGAUAAAAUGAUAUCAUGUACAUUUCAGGAAAAUUUUUUAAAAAGAGCAAAAAGUUUAUUGGUUGUUGUAUCAACGCCACCGACUGACAAUUAUCAAGAGUUUACAGAACGUGUUAGAGAAUUUAAUUUAAAGGAACCUUUUAAUUUUUCAAUUCCACCUAUAUUUAAUGAUAAAAAAAUUGUAAAGUUUGUGUCAAUAUAUGCCGCCUACCUCUAUGAUUCCGUUAAACUUUAUGCCUGGGCUUUAGAUAAGCUAUUGCGUCAGGAGAAAAGACCAUUGACAGAUGAUGUGGUAAGAGACGUUGCAAGUAACGGAACGAAAAUUAUUGAAACAAUCAUUAAUAAUCACACAUACAAAAGUGUGACUGGAGCAACAAUUAAAAUAGAUAAAAAUGGUGAUUCUGAAGGAAAUUUUUCGGUUGUUGCUUUAAAACCAUAUAGGCAUAAUAUACGAGAAAAUAUAACAUGCGAACUACAUAUGGUACCAGUGGCAUAUUUUCAACAAGGAGCUAAUUUUCCAGAAUAUAAAUUAAUUAAUGGAUCCGUUAGAGUGGACUGGCCAGUUAAAGAGAAACCUUUUGAUGAGCCAAUGUGCGGUUUCAAUAAUGAACUAUGCGAAAAAGACGACCGGCAUAUAACUUCAGUUGUAAUAGCUGGAAUACUGGCUUUAAUAUUAUUUUGUUCGGGUGUAGUGGCGAUGAGUAUAUAUAGAAAAUGGAAAAUAGAAUUAGAAAUUGAAGGAUUGUUAUGGAAAAUUGAUCGUGAGGAAAUAAAAGGAUAUUUUGGGAAUGAUAUGGUUGCAUCGCCUAGUAAGCUCAGCUUAGUGAGUGCUGCAUCAUAUGGAUCACGUUGUUCAAAUCAAGUUUUUACACCUACAGCUCGUUUUCGCGGUGUUGUUGUGCGUAUAAAAGAAUUAAAAUUCGCGAGAAAAAAGGAUAUAUCACGUGAUAUUAUGAAGGAAAUGAGAUUAUUGCGUGAAUUAAGGCAUGAUAAUAUUAAUAGUUUUAUAGGAGCAUGUGUCGAUGAACCAAUGAGAAUUUUACUAGUCACAGAUUAUUGCGCUAAGGGCAGUUUAUAUGAUAUAAUUGAAAAUGAAGACAUAAAAUUGGAUGAUUUAUUUAUAGCGUCAUUAGUUCAUGAUUUAAUCAAAGGGAUGAUAUAUAUUCACAGUUCUUCACUAGAAUAUCACGGUAACCUAAAGUCAUCAAAUUGUGUUGUUACAUCUAGAUGGAUGUUGCAAGUGGCUGAUUUUGGAUUACACGAUUUAAGGCAUUGUGCCGAAAAUGAGUCAAUAGGAGAACAUCAACAUUAUAGAAAUUUAUUUUGGAAGGCUCCAGAGCUUUUAAGGCAUCCAAGUGUUUACGGUUCGCAAAAGGGCGAUGUUUAUGCUUUUGCAAUUAUUUUAUAUGAGAUAAUAGGGCGACGUGGUCCUUUUGGAAAUAUCGGUUUCGAACCUAAAGAAAUUAUUGAUCUAGUUAAAGCUUAUCCAAUUGAUAAUGAACCAUUUCGUCCUGAUCUAGAAUGUAUAACUGACAUGGAAACUUGCCCUGACUAUGUUGUUAACUGUAUUAAGGAUUGUUGGGACGAAAAUGCUGAAAAUAGACCAGAUUUUCCAACUAUAAGAACACGCUUAAAAAAGAUGCGUGGAGGGAAAUCGAAAAAUAUUAUGGAUCAAAUGAUGGAAAUGAUGGAAAAAUAUGCAAAUAAUUUAGAAGAUAUUGUUAAUGAGCGCACGCGAUUAUUAUGCGAGGAAAAAAGAAAAACUGAAGAUUUACUACAUAGAAUGCUACCUCAGUCAGUUGCAGAGAAGCUCACUAGAGGUUUAGGUGUUGAACCGGUUUCUUAUGAUUCUGUUACAAUUUAUUUUAGUGAUAUUGUUGGUUUUACUGCUAUGUCAGCUGAAAGCACUCCUCUUCAAGUAGUUAAUUUUUUGAAUGAUCUAUAUACUGUGUUCGAUCGGAUUAUUAAAGGUUAUGAUGUAUAUAAAGUAGAAACAAUUGGCGAUGCUUAUAUGGUUGUAUCUGGUCUUCCAAUAAAAAAUGGUGACAGACAUGUAGGUGAAGUAGCCUCUAUGGCAUUAGACUUACUAAAUGCUGUUCGUCAACAUAAAAUUGCUCAUCGACCUACCGAAAUAUUGAAACUUAGGAUUGGAAUGCACACCGGUCCCGUUGUCGCUGGUGUAGUUGGAUUAACCAUGCCCAGAUAUUGUUUGUUUGGGGACACCGUUAAUACAGCAUCGCGAAUGGAGUCAAAUGGGGAAGCUUUGAAAAUUCAUAUCUCUCCGAAAUGUAAAGAAGCUUUAGACAAAUUAGGUGGUUAUAUAACGGAAGUGCGGGGUCUUGUUUCUAUGAAGGGUAAAGGAGAAGUUUUGACAUAUUGGCUUACUGGAAUUACAGAAAAUGCUAUACAGAGAAAACCUGUUGAUGUUGCAGAAUUACCACCCCCCUUGUUUUGUAGACCUCGAAAAAGCCCAAAAUUAAAUUGUGAUAGUCGUCAACCCAGCCUAAUAGGCGCUCAUUAUUUUAAUGGUAGUGGACCAGGUGGAUGCGGUUACAAUAGCAGAAGACAAUCGAGUAUACCACGCCCAGACGGUGAAAGCACAUAUAGUUUGCAGGGGUCUAUGUGUGCAUUUAGAGAUUCACCCCGUCCAAUUCACAGAAAACUUGAAAAAUUACCAUUAUAUUUAAAUGGAUCUAACGAAAAUACGACAAAGAACCGAAUAGCGUAUGAUAUAGAUGAGAUAGAAGGAGAACGUGAACAUUUGAUUAAUAAUAACAACAUCAAUAAUAGUAUUUUAGUAAACAGUGAUAGUAAUGAAAGAAUUUCAGAUAGUCAGUUAACGUAUAUUAAUUGUGGCGUAGGUGGUGGUAAUAAUUUUGAUGAAACCAUAGGAGGCUUCUUUAAAAUUGGUCAUGAAUUAAUAGGUAGCGACGAAAAUUUGCGAAAAAAGCAGAGAUCUGAAAAUGGCGAGCAAGGAAAAGAAGAAUUAUUAAUUUUUUUUCAAGAUAAUAAUAUUAAACAAAGUAAUAAUACACGUAAUAUUUUUAGCGCAUCUCGCAGUACACUGCUAGAUCAUUCCGAAGAAAAUGAUGAUAUUAACUGUGAUAGUAGUACCAAGUCGCCAUCGUUAAAUAAUUUUGACGGUGGUGGUGAUAAUUGUAGUCAUAAACCUUUAGCUAAGGUAAAACCACAUCGAAUAAUUAAAUCAAAUUGUGAUUCUGAAUCCAUAUUAAAAAUUAAUCGUAAUAAUAAUGAAAUGGACAAUAUAAUAAAAACAUGUUCACCAAGAAAUAAUCAUUGUCAGUGCCAAUAUCUAUAUCACCCAACUUAUAAUUAUCAAAAUCGAUUGAAUUGUAGUAGAAGCGUAAACAAUUUACGUGAAUCAUAUUCAUGGGAAGCAUUUCCAUCUGAAUUAUUACGAAAAAAGUUAGAUAUUCUUCAAUGUGAAAACAUUUAUGGUAAGUGCGUCCCAUUGCGUACGCAAUCUAUUAAAGGAUCCAAAAGCACUUUAAAAGGGUUUACUAAUAAAACAGUUAAAAGAAAGUCAGUUUUGAACACAAUGAAGCUGUCAAAAAUAAACUCUAAGUCAUUAGAUACUGCUGUCUCAUUUAUUUGUAAUAAUUCAAAUAGCAAUGAUUUCAAAAACAAUUUUGCAUUAGAAUAUUGCGGAGCAACAGACGAUAGAAGUAGUGCUAAAACCCCUUUAAUUGGGAAAACAGUUAGAAAUCCUAAGAUUGUAACAUAUAAGCAUGUAAAUAAUAAUUGUAAUGGAUCAAUUAACAUUUAUGAAGAUGCAAAUAGUCAACUGUUAUUACGUCAAGGUUCUUUAAAUAAGCCAGGGGAAGAUAAUUUGUAUUUAUUUUCGAAACGUUCGCGUUCUUUAGAAGCUAUGGGUGAAACGGAUGUAGCCAUAUUAAGAAGAGGACGUGGUGUUAGCGAAAGCAGUUGUUGCGAAAGCCGAGAUGGAGAUAGUAGUAAUAAAAAUAGUAAUUAUAAAAAAAAUUUGUCAAGUAGAUUAACCAAUUUGGCUGUUGGAGGUGUAGGUAAUAACGCUAGUGGAGGUGGUAGUGGCGGAUCCAUUAAGUCUUGGAUUUUUAAUAUUUUUCAAAAUAAUUCUUUAAAAUCUAAUGAUACUUCAGCACGUAAAGUUGGUAUUUUGCCAAGUACUAUUAGUAAAGCUCUGCCAAGUUUUGAUGAAUUGCCACCUAGUCCACCUGAACGGGAAAGUAUAGUUUAAAGCAAACAAUGAAUUGCAAUAAGUUUACGUUUAAAUUUAUUAAAGUUUAUUUACAACAAAUUUUAUUGUAUUUAUUUUCAAAUAAAAAUUGAAGAAUAUAAAGUAAUAAGAAAAUUAAUUACUCUUUUAGUAGCAACUUGGUUAUGUGGAUUAAAACGGCGCUGCAUAUGUACAUAUUUCAUAAAUAUAUGUAUGACAACUGAACUGAAUUUUAAAUUAUACAAUAAAUGAUAUAAUUUUAAAGCUACACAUGAAAUGUAUUUUCUUGCAAAAACUCAAUUUUGUAGUUUAUAAAAUUUAUAUGCAAUGAUUGAAUGCUUAAAGUUUAACUAGAAUUUUUUAGUUAAAAAACUUUUCUAAUUUCUAGUUUAUUUGAAUGAUAAAACAUCAAAUAGAGUAGUUUCUACUAAAGUUCGUCAAACAACGCUAGUUCGGAACCUAUAUUUUGAUUUAUUUUCAUGUUUUUAUGUUAAUAUUUUAGUGUUGUUAUUAUAAAAAAUUGUAUUGUAAACUACUUAGAAUCCAUUAAGUUUCUGAUUGUUCAAGUGCCGGGUGUUACAUUAAUUCUAUUUAAUCCUCUUAUGAUUAUGAGACUAUUCUAUUUAAUCCUAUUAUGGUUAAAGCUCAUGGGAUAGCCAAAUAUAAUGACUUUGAUGUAAUCAUUUGAUAUAGAAAAAUUUAAAGUACUUAACUAUUUUCAAAACAUUUUUGUGUGGUCCUCUUUUAUAAUAAGUGUUCCGAAUGAAAGUAUGAAAAGUAAUGUUAAUUAGUGCAGAUGUAUUAGGUUUUACAAUGUGGAAAUGUGGGAAAAAAUUUAUUUUUUUACCUCUUACUAUUCUUUGAAUAUUAUUUGCUUUUUACUUGAAAAAUGUUAAAAAAACCAAAAAUAAUUCAACCGAUUGUUCACAAACAAAGCCUACUAAUGAAAUUUCGGAGCAACUGAAAAAUGAAAAAGGUGAUUUUUUUGUGUUAUAUGUGCAAGAUCUACUUUUUGUAGUUGUUCCAACGUUUUGUAAUUCUAAUAAAUAAUGAUUAUGACCAAGGACAAUACAGAUAUGAGGAAAUUAAUGUUUCUAAUCUAAUAUUUCUUUUCUAUUAGCCCUAUCUGAAAACAUCCUAUUUCACAAAACUUUUUAGUUGAUAAUCCGGAUGCUUAUUUUAAUUUUGUUGCAGGUUUAUGUAAUUAUUGCCCAUUCGGAUUUCUUAAUAAAUAAAACGCGUUGGUCAUUGUUAAUUCCUUUCUGUUGGACGUUUUUAAAUUAAAUAUUUGUUAUUGAGUUUAUCACUUUUUAAAUUUAUUGAAGUUAGAUCAACUUAAUUAGAAGAAUUUCAACGAAAAAUAUUUUCAUAAGCAAAAUAAAUUAUUUUUAUUAUUUUUUUUUUUUAAUAUUUUUACUUUUUAAUAAUUAAUUCACUUCCAACAAUUGCUUGUCAGCUCAGUCAAGUACGUCUCUAAGGAAUAAUUGUUAAAAUUACUUGAGCUCUUGUUUUCGUAUACAUAUACGAAAGAAUACGAAAUGUUUGACGCGAAAGUUUUGAAUAACAAAAUAUCACGCCAAGCGAUGCGACUUAUAGAAACAAUAGGUAUAAGAAAAACUAAUUGGAUCUCGCGAAUUUUUUUUAGAUUUUUUGCUACAAAUUUCAUAAUUAUGUACAUAUAUCGAAAUGUCACACUUCAUUAAGUUUAAAAUUUAAAACCGACGUGUAGGCUUUAACUUUUAAAUAUUUUCUCAACAAUUCUAAAAAUCAUAAUUAUGUACAUGUAUUUAAAAAUUUUGAAAAAUACUUUGUAAACAUAUCUAAAAUGAAUACAUAUAUCGAAGUAAAAAUAUGUAUGUCAGGAAGCAUAUAGAUUUUAGAAAUGCAUUUUUCAUUUUUUCGAACAGAUCUAGAAUAUGUCUGUAUAUAUAAAAUGUUAGGUUUUAAACUCGAAAACAUUCGAUCAUUGUGUGAAUAUUAAAUGAUUGUGCAAUUACUAGGCUUUUAUUGUACAUAAUAUUAAUUAUUUUAAGACUGUAAUGCAAGGUUAAUGAUACCAGAAAAUUUACGUAAUUGUAAUGCCAAAUCAGAAGUUUUCAAAAUAGAAGCUUCAAAUAUUUUUAUUUGUCAUAUUUUACAAUUAAUGAAGAUGUGGUUUUAUGUGUGAAUAAAUUUAGAAUUCUUUUUAAUUAGAAAAAUUUUAAUAAGUUAACAGCUUACAAAGUUUCCUAAUAAUUUUAAU